AUUCAGAUUUCGACGCGAAAAACAGUACACAGAGAGAGAGAGAGAGAGAGAGAGAGAGAGAGAGAGUUUUAGCAGCUGAAAUUCGGCGCUCUUUUUGAAAUUUUGGAAGUUAGCUCUUUGGGUGAUUAUCUCUAAUUCCCAACAGUUACCAAGAGUAGCAGAGAAGAUGGGGAAAGCUACAAGAUGGUUGAAGGCCAUAUUGGGAAUGAAGAGAGAAAAAUUCAGUCUUGACAGAGCAUAUUCUGUUUCUGGAAACAAGAAAGAGACGAAAGGGUGGAGUUUUAGCAAGUCCUGGAAGGAUUCUGAUGAGGGGAAUAGGUACCGCCAGGCCAGCGGUUCCAUCUCGGACGCUGCGUGGCUCAAGUCUUAUGUUGCAGAGGCAACGAAGGGGCAAAAUGAGCGGGCAAUUGCGGUCGCAGCCGCCACGGCGGCGGCUGCCGAUGCCGCAGUUGCAGCUGCAGAGGCAGCGGCGGCGAUCGUGAAGCGAAGGAGCCGCGGAAGAGGAACAAUGCCGAAAGGUGGGACGGGGAGGUGGGCUGCAGUGAAAAUCCAGACUGCUUUCAGAGGUUUUCUUGCCCGGAAAGCGCUUCGAGCUCUCAAAGGAUUGGUUAAGCUGCAAGCCUUUGUUAGAGGUUAUCUGGUCAGAAAGAGGGCUACUGCCGCCCUGCGUAGCAUGCAGGCUAUCGUUCGAGCCCAAGCCACUGUCAGAUCACAUCAAGCUCGCCAUUCCCUCGGCAAGGAGAACCGGUUUCCUCCGGAAAAGCGACCCAGGAGAUCCAUGGAAAAAGUUUGUGAUCCCAGAAGUGCAUUCCACAGCAAGAGGCUCUCUACAUCUUCAGAGUUCGCGAGCAAUUUGGAUGAGAGCCCCAAAAUUGUCGAGGUCGACACGUUCAAGCCUCGUUCAAGAUUCUGCCAAAUCCAUAGCCCGUUGAUGGAAUGCGUCUACGAUGGAUCGGACUAUGCGGUUUCGAAGCUCAAUUGUGGAAACUCACGAAACUCCGAGUGGCAGCUCGCCAGCAAUGAGUGUAAAACUCCAACACCAGUUAAAAGCGCUUGUAGAGAUAGCUUCUACGAGGCCAGCUCCGAGCUCCCGAGCUACAUGGCGAGCACUCAGUCGUUCAAGGCCAAGUCUAGGUCCCUCAGCGCCCCCAAGCAAAGACCCGUCGAGGGGUCAAAGAAGAGGUUCACGCUCAGCGAGAUCACCGCCGGCCGGAACGGUGUCGGAGCCAUCAGAAUGCAUCGAUCAUGCUCUCAGUUCAAAGACAUUUUCGAACGACCCACGAAAUCGCCAUCUCCUAGCUGUUUCUACUCAUAGCUCUUAUCUCCAAAUAGAUGUCGUAGCAGUCAAA